CAACCUCUGCUGCAACCAGAUCAGCGGCACUCUGCCCACGAUUGUCGGAGGACUAUUACAACUGGAAGCCAUCAACCUCAAGAACAACCAGCUGACAGGUCCCAUACUAGAGCCCAUCCCAGCAUCUCUCACUGUCUACAAUCUCGACAACAACUACUUCUCCUCAGGAUUCUCCUCCCCACCCAACUGUGCGCAAGGCUCCAUCUCCUUCCGCUUCAACUGUCUUGAAACCCCUCCUGACGGCUUCUCCUGCCCCACGCCUGCCACGCCCUCUGCUGCGGAUGCAGCGGUGCAGCGGCCGGAGGUACUCUGUGCUGCCUUCUGUGGCGUGAGUGCUGCCGAUCCCCCGUGUGGCGGGCAUGGCUUGUGCUACCUGGAGGGUCCUAGCAGAGUGCCCACGUGUGACUGCGAGUCUGGGUUUGUCAACGGGGAGCUUCCUGGAAGCUGCGUCGCUGAAGGAACCUCCCAAGCCAAGGUGAGACGGCGCCCCAGUGGCCAUGCACGUGGUAGUAGCAGCGAAACCUUUUCUGUGCUCAACUACCAACUUCUUUUACCGUGCCUUUCCUUCCCCUUGUUGCCGUCUUCGCCCCUUCUCCCGCCGCCAGGCCCGGGGAGCGGCCCAGUUACCGUGCAGCCAACAGCAGCACAGAUAGCCGUGAAGGGGAGAGCGGCAGUGGCAAGCGACGGCACCGUCACACUCACAGCAGCCUCACAGCCCAACACGUGGGGUGCAGCUUUUCUCCAACUCCCCGUCUCGCUCUUCUCCUUCGCCUUGAAAGCCGGUGCCUGCGGCCGGCCGUUCGCCUUCACCGUCUAUUUCUCCUUCUCCAUUCUCAAACCAGCCACUGCCAACGCUGCAGCAGAAGCAGGGGACGGGCUUGCAUUUGUGAUUGCAGCCAGUGACGCUGCUACAGGCGGUAGCAGUGGCAGCAGCGACGGCAGUGGCGGCGGCAGCAGCUUAGGGUAUGCAGGCAUGGAUGAGCGCAGCAUUGCAGUGGAGUUUGACACUUCUAAGAGCACCAACGACCCAGACAGCAACCACGUGGGACUCAGUGUGAGCGGCAAAACCUCUUCCAUCGCAACUGCCAAAGCGCCCUUGACUCUCAACGACGGCACGCCAAAGCAUGCCUGGAUCGUCUUUGACCCCAGCAGCAGCAGCAGCAGCAGCAGCAGCAUCAGCAGCAGCAACGGCGGCGGCGGCUCGCUGCAAGUGUUCCUCUCAGCCAGCGCGUCCCCGAAACCGAGCAAGGCAGUGCUGUCGGUGCAAGUGUCUCUGUGCCACUAUCUCAAGCCCACCGCACAGGGGGCGUCGUUUCACAUGGGCUUCACUGCCUCUGCAUCAGAUUCCCCGCAGCAGCACUCCAUCCUCGCGUGGAACGUCUCCGCAGGCCUCCCAGAACCAACCCCUCUUACAGGGCAGCAGUUCGGGUUCCAGUUGAGUGAGGCGUCACUGUCACCAAUGGGGGCCAACCCUUUCUUUCGUUAUGCCAGUGCGGGCGUGCAAGCACUGCAGGCGGCAGGGGGAGCAGGAGUAGCAGGAGGAUCAGGGGUAGGAGGGGGAGGCGGAGGGGAUAAGGAGGAGGUAUGGGUUGUGAGCCAGGCGUUCUCCUGGGCCGACCUGGGGCUGCCGUGGCCCGUCCAGAACCAGGGCGCCUGCGUCACGAUAGCCAUAGAAAUUCCCUACAGCGUCCUCUUCAACCUCUCUCAUCUCGUCAACCUUUCAACCUCCACCCCCCACCCCCCUCUAGGGCAACUGCCGCACGUAACCAGUCAUGGUGACUGCUGGGCGUACGCGGUGGUGGGCAGCAUAGAAAUGGCAUACGGCAUUCUCUCCAACCUCUCCGCCGUGCCGCUCCUCUCCGUCUCCCAGCUGCGCGACGCCCUCGGCUCCUCAUGCUCGCAGGGCAACUCGCCCUCCCAGGCCUUCCAGUACCUCGUCACUCUCAACGCCAAGAGCAAUGUGGGGCUCUCAUUGGAUGGCAGGUCCGGGGCGGUGGUGAGCAGCGGGGGCGGGAGCAAGAAUACGUUAAGCUCAGUGGGGCUCAUGGCGCAUGGGAAGGCUGGGGAGCGGGUGAGGAGGAGGGGGUGGAGUGGGCGGCGCGCGGGGGCAUGGGACCGCGGGGUAGGGAAGAGGUCAAGCCAGAGCCCGCUCUGUGGCCUGCCGUUCUUUGCGCAGCUUGCCAAGGUUCUCGGGAUCUCGGCAGGGCUCUGGAUCAUUGCACCAUUUCAUGCUCACUCGUUGCUUUCUCAUGCUCCCCUUGGCUCCUCCUCCAUGUGCUUUCCCCAACCCCCCUUCCCCACCUCCCCUACCCCUCCUCCCCCAAUCCACCUCCCCUGCCCCUCCUCCCCUGCCCCACCUACCCUCCCCUCUGCUCCCGUGCCCCCACGGCAGAGCAAGCCAUCGGGGGGGGCGUUCAGGGUGAAUGGGUUUGAGCGCACGGCGUUCCACGGCUGGUUUGGGCUGCUGCUGGCCGUGCAGCGACAGCCCGUGGUGGUGCAUGUGCAGGCCACUGCCCCCUCCUUCCUCAACUACGAUGGGCGAGGUGGGUGCUCUCUCUCUCAUGACAAGGUGGGUGGGUCCACUCACACUCAUGCCACCGCUCCCUCCUUCCUCCACCACGAUGGGUACGCGGACCCCUCGUGCUUCACGUACAACCUGAACCACGUGGUGCUGCUGGUGGGCUAUCGCCUCACCGGCUCAGACCCCACCUUCCCGCACAUGGCGCCGCCCUUCUGGAUCAUCCGCAACUCAUGGGGCCCGGAGUGGGGCGACGGCGGGCACAUGCGGAUGGACAUCCAGGGGGGCGACGGCGUGUGUGGGAUCAACACGCUGCCUGGGAUCUACCCGGUGGUGCGCGCUGCCAAGGACCCCUGCAACGUCAACGGCACCACCAGUGGGCUGUUUGGGCCGCUCUUCAACCCCUGUGGCAACUUCACGUGCACGCCCACGCCUGAUGGGGCCAGCAACCACUGCGACUGCAGCGACCCGCGAUUCGUCGAGGCGCUUCAACCGGACAACUCGCGCACCU